CCACGAGAAUGUUGCCCCUCAUGCUCAACCAUACCAAAACUUCCUGCGGAAAACCUAAUAGAAAGAUAUCCAACAGCUCAAGAUUGGUGGCCCAGAAAUGUGGCUUUGGAAAAUCUGAUAUAUCGCCUGUCUGAACUGAAUUCAAACGGAAGUAAGGAGCUUGUCAACAGACCACAGCCAAAUGCCUUUCGCCAAUGUCAUUUGUGUGAAUCCAAACCAGCCGGUGUCCCUGCAGUUUCUUAUUGCGAAAACUGUCAUCUUGCGUACUGUUCUCGCUGUGUCACUAAAUGGCAUCCAAACUCAGGGUUGCUUUCACGACAUCGAAUCGCAUCUGUAACUGAACAGGAUCCAGUCGAAUCCAGGGCGCCAUUCCAAUCAAACUGUUGCCUUGACAAGACCAUCGUGUUGACACCUAUGACCAAUGGUUAUUCCACACCACAAGUUCAGUGUUGGGCUAGCACCAAUGGCUCGGCGAGUUUCGGGUUAACAAAGAGUUCGCACUCUGGACACGUGAUCUGCUCAGCAACCGUUCAAGCAAAGCGGUGC